CAAAAAUAAACGAGUUAAGAGAACACAUAUGUGACCAGGUCAUUUUUCUAUUUACUAUUUAGGCCAGAGCAACACCAAAAACCACCUUCUAACUUCUUCAUCUUCUAUUCUCUUCUCUUUUUAUUUUUUCUUCUUCUUCUUCUUCUAGUACCAAGAGAGUUCAUCAAUGGCCUUAACAUGUCAGUUUUCGCCUCAUUUAUUGACUAAAAAGUCUGGCUUAGUCAUAAAGCCUUUUGGCAACGUUUUGAGGCUCAAACAGAGACACAUUCCAGUCAAGAAAACAACAGCACCAAGUCUCAAGAUCAGAUCCUCUUUUAAAGAGAAGGUUUUUGAAGAUCGGUCUAAUGGAAUAAUUUGCUAUACAGAUGAAAGUGGGGAAAUUAUAUGCGAAGGUUAUGAUGAGGGUCCUCGUUUUCAUGAACAGGUUCCAAGAAAAGCUUCUCAUCCAAGAGACGUGGAGAUCUUGGAUAUUCUUCAAGAAAGAUGGCUUAAUUUUGUUAGAGGCACUGAAUUGAACCCUGCUGAUCAGAAAGGUGUAGCUGUUCAAGGAGACAUCAACUGCAAUGGCUUUAACAACUCACUUCGUUGAUCAAAUGUUUAAACUUUGUUCAUUAUAGAAAUGUUUUCUAUGACUGUUUUUAAUCAGAGUAUGUACCAAGUGUUUUAAAGGAUUUACCUUUUCAUUUACAGAAUGUUAAUACUGAAUAGCAUGUAUAAAUGAAUCCUUCUCGAAGAUCAACGGUUUAUUUGGACACAGUAAACUCAUCUUUACCUUUGAA